GAAUCUACUUUUAUGUCUUACAUACCAGAUGGCGAUUACAAAUACCCUGAUUUGCCCAUCUCAAGAUACAAGGGAGAGAUGCUUUCAUUGAUAGAAAACCACUCAGUGGUAAUUGUACAUGGAUCUACGGGUAGUGGCAAAAGCACACAACUUCCACAGUAUGUUUUGGAUCACUGUGCGCAGCACUCAAUUUAUUGUAACAUUGCAGUUACACAGCCCAGGAGAAUUGGUGCCAGCAGCAUUGCAAGAUGGAUUAGCAAGCAGAGAUCAUGGCCCUUGGGUGAACUUGUAGGAUACCAGGUUGGUUUAGAAAAAGUUGCAACAAAGAACACGAAGCUGAUUUAUAUGACAACUGGUGUCCUCCUGCAGAAAGUAGUUGGAGCCAAAAGUCUUUUGGAGUUCACCCAUAUCUUCAUAGAUGAAAUACAUGAGCGUACAGAAGACAUGGAUCUCUUGCUGUUGGUGAUCCGUAAAUUGCUGCGAACAAAUUCACGAUUUGUGAAGGUAAUUCUGAUGUCUGCAACUAUUGACUGUCAAGAGUUUGCCAACUAUUUUGCACUACCAGUUCGCAACAAAUUGUAUCCAGCCUACGUAUUUCAAGUGGAAGGAAAACCUCAUGUGAUUGACAAAUACUACUUGGAUGAUCUGAAGCCUGUCCUUAGUCAUAUUAAGAUUCCUCUUCAAAUUAUUGAGGAACCACUGAUUCACCCAGUUAUGUACAAAGCUGCUAUUGCUCUAAUACAGUGGUUUGAUGAGCUGGAGACAAAGGAAAAUGGGCAAGGGGAUCGUAAUUUGGAGUUUGUAUCAGAACGUGGCAGUGUCCUAGUAUUUUUACCAGGCUUGGCGGAAAUAACUUACUUGCUUGAGCUUCUCACAAACAUGGUUCACAGGAGGUUACAAGUAUAUCCACUUCACUCCAGUGUCACAUUAGAAGAACAGAAUAAUGUGUUUUUGGCUCCAGUUCCUGGUUAUCGAAAAAUCCUUCUGUCUACAAAUAUAGCACAGAGCUCUGUAACAGUACCAGAUGUCAAAUAUGUCAUUGAUUUUUGUUUGAGUAAAAAUCUUGUUUGUGAUGAGGAUACCAGCUAUCAGAGUUUGAGACUUUGUUGGGCAUCCAAGAACAGCUGUGAUCAGAGGAAGGGUCGAGCUGGCCGUGUGUCUAAAGGAUACUGCUACAGACUCGUAUACAAAGACUUCUGGGCAAACUGUAUACCGGAAAGCACUGUUCCUGAGAUGAUGCGUUGUCCAUUGGAAACUACUGUACUAAAAGUGAAGAUGCUUGACAUGGGAGAACCAAGAGCUCUGUUAGCAACCGCUCUCUCUCCUCCUGUUAGCAGUGAUAUUGAACGCACAAUUCUGCACCUUAAAGAGGUGGGAGCACUUGCUAUUAAUGAUCAUUUUGAAGAAAGAAAUCCUUACGAUGGUGAGUUGACCUUUCUGGGAAAGGUGCUGGCACAGUUACCUGUGAAUCAUCACCUAGGCAAACUAAUAGUUCUUGGACAUGUCUUUGGAUGUCUGGAAGAAACACUUAUAAUAGCUGCAGCCCUCUCUUUGAACAGUUUCUUUGUGAUACCUUUCAAGCAACAUCUUGAUGGAUAUAGGAACAAGCUACAAUUUUCUGGGAACAGCAGAAGUGAUUGUAUUGCAAUUGUUAAUGCAUUUAAGGAAUGGCAAGGAAACAGGCAAAAAGGAAAACUUAGGCAUCCAAAGAUGGCUGAGUUGUAUGAGGACUUGAAAAAAAGAGUUGGUGUAUUCAAUAUGCACGUCAACACUCAUUCUCCCAUCAUGGAUCAAGAGCAUGCAUAUAAGCAGCGUUUUAUUUUGCAGGUGGUGAUUGCUGGAGCUUUCUAUCCAAAUUAUUUUACCUUUGUGCACCAUGAUAAAGAGGUUGCUGUGAGGGAAUUGUCAGGCAGAGAUCCCAAAACAACGGUGAUGUUAAAGAACAUUCCUCACUAUGGCUUCCUGUAUUAUAAGCAGCUGCAAUCUCUGUUCAGACAAUGUGGUCAAGUCAAAUCCAUUGUUUAUGAUGGAACCAAAGCCUUUGUAGAAUUUACUCGGAAUCCUACAGAGCGUUUUAAAACACUUCCCGCAGUGUAUUUCGCUCUUAAAAUGGCACAGAUGAGGAUUCCAUUCGAACUGAACAUCCAUUCCCUAGAGGAGAUAGAGGACAAAAUGGCAGGUGGAAGUAGCACCAUUCUAAGGGACAUGAGAGUGAACAUUGACUUUCAGAAACAUACCGUGACUCCUGUGCAGAAGUUUUGUAAUGCCUUGGAAAAACUGCAGACUAUAAAUAGUCUUGAUUUAUCUAUCUGUGUCACUGAGAUUGUAGAGGUUGGGCACUUCUGUGGAUACAGAACAGAUGAAAGAAGUAUGGCGUUACUGCAAAAUCUGUCUGUUGAGAUCGGUCAGCUGGAGUUGACCUCUUUGCCUAUUCGCCCUUAUCCAGACUUGGUUUGUUUAGCACCUUUCACUGAAUGGGAAAAAGAGACGUACUACCGUUGCCAAGUCCUGUAUGUGUCUGGAGACAGUGCCGAGGUGUUCUAUGUAGAUUAUGGCAAUAGAUCAAAAGUGGCUUUAGACCAGUUACGAGAGAUUCCAGGCGACCUCCGAGAGCUUCCCUUUCAGGCUCUGGAAUUCAAGGUGCGUAGAAUACGUCCCUCUGCAUGGUCUCUUGUUUGUGGAGAACAGUGGAGUUAUGCUGCGAACCAAAGAUUUGCUUCCUUGGUCAGUGGCCAUGUUCUGACGGUGAAGAUUUUCUCAAUUGUCCAUGGCAUCUUGCAUGUGGAUGUGUUUCAAAGCUCUGGCAUUGCGAACAUGGUGAAUAUCUGCACCAUACUUAUUGAAGAAGGCUAUGCAGAACCUGCAGAUGACUCUUAUGAAUCAAAACUAAAUCAUGAAACUCUCAAACAACUGUUUUCAAAGCCAGAAGAGAGUGAGAGGAAUAAAUCUGUAUCCCUCCCGAUGUGCUCAAGAGAAGAGAAUGCCCUGACUGAAAUACUGGAGAGUUGCUCUGCUAAGAGGAUUAGUACCCCAAACUGCAAGGUCACACUACUUGGCCCCUUCAAUGCCUACAACCUAAAAUUCAGCAGUAUGACCAGAAUUUCCAGAUUCAGAACAAUCUUGGUAGAGAAGGAGAGCGUAAACUCUGUGGUUGUAGUUGAUGCUCCUGAGAAUGCAUUUCAACAAAUACUGGUUGCUGCUUCCAUAUCUGUAAAUGCAACAGGCUCAGUAAUGAUGCUAAAGGAAACUUCUCUCAUGCCUCAUAUCCCGGGUCUCCCAGCAUUACUGAGCAUGCUGUUUGCUCCUGUGAUAGACCUCAGGGUUGAUGAAAGCAGAACGAGAUACACAGGUGUCCUAUGUGGUUUGGGCUGGAACCAGUCUCUGGGAAGCCCAGUCCUCCAAGACCAUGACAUGGAACUUGCAUUUGAUGUGCAGAUUGAUGCAGAUGACAUAACACAGAUAAACAUUCUGAGGACAUAUAUUAACAAAUUAGCCUCUGAUGAACCAAAAGGCCUGCUGCAGUUUGACCCUGAGAAAAUUGCCCAAUUGCAGAAUACAGCUCGCGAAAAGCUUUUAAGCUUGAUUUGCAAAUCAAAACCUCGUGAAGCUGUUCCUCCCACGUGGUAUAAGAAGUCAUACGAAUGGACCCAGGUGAGAUCAUCACUUAUUAUUGAUCAAUCUGAUCAACCAGCUGUAAUCAGGAAAAAUUCCUCUCUAUUCCAGUUGCAUAAGUUGGUGUUAUUAAAUGCCUAAAUUCAUGUUGGAAGACGUUCUGUUGUUAAUGCCUUUA